AUGACUUUAGUCUCUUCGGGUCGAAUAUUACAGGCUUCACUAAGUAAGUCUCUUCAUUUUUUAAGGUAUUCAUCGAGUUUGAGUUUAGGAAAUUACAAUGAUAAUUAUAUUUCAGUAACUUUCGAUAACACUCAUACUGUUAAGUUUAACAAUGUAUUUCUUAGAGAUUCGUGUACAUCUGUUAGUUCUAGAGAUCCAUUUUCAAAACAAAAAUUGUUUUCGACUAGCGAUAUUAGCCACGGAUUAUCUUUGCAUGGUUCACCAAAAAUACUUAGUACCCCAGACAAUGAAGAUAGUUUGGAAGUAACCUGGAGUCAGGACGGAUCACUUCAUAAAUCAAGAUAUUCCAGUGCAUUCUUAGAAGAAUAUUCCUCUAAUUUCUCGAUUAGAAAGGGAAAAUAUUUCAAUAAUUCGAAGAUCAUUUGGGAUAAUAAUCGUAUUAUCAAGAAUAUUUCAGAUUUGCAAGUGACUUAUAGUGAUUAUGCUGAGAAGAACCUGCUCUUCGUCAAAACUUUAAAUAAUUUGAAUCAAUUUGGGCUCUCCUUUAUCAAUGAUAUCCCAAGUCCACUUGAUAAUCCUAAGACUCGGGUUAUGAAUGAAGACAAUGCAUUAGAAUGGCCGGUAGCUGCAUUAGCAUCCAAAUUCGGCUAUAUCAAAAAGACUUUCUAUGGAACUUUAUUUGAUGUAAGAAAUGAAAAAGAGGCCAAAAACAUUGCAAAUACGAAUACAUUUUUGCCCUUGCACAUGGAUUUAUUGUAUUAUGAAUCACCUCCUGGAUUACAAUUGUUGCAUUUUAUACAGAAUUCAACUCUGGGUGGAGAGAACAUUUUUUGUGAUUCAUUUGCAGCUGCUAUACAUAUUAGAAAUCUGGAUCCUCAGGCAUAUUUAGCAUUGACUAAAAUUCCAAUCACGUACCAUUAUGAUAAUAAUAAUGAACAUUAUUAUUAUGCAAGACCUUUGAUCGUUGAGGAGAAUUUUAACUCAGAUGCAAAUGUGGGUGCCAUUAAGGAAGUUAAUUAUUCUCCACCAUUUCAAGGCCCAUUCGAGAUUGGUAUUUUUGAGAAUAAUUCUUCAGAAAACGUAUCGUUUAAGGAUUUUUUGAGAGGUUUCAAAUUAUUUACAGAUUUCGUGAAUGAUCCAAUUAAUCAGUACGAAAUAAAAAUGAAAGAAGGCUCAUGUGCUAUAUUCGAUAACAGAAGAGUGUUACACUCACGUAAAGAGUUCUCUGAUGAGAACGGAGGUGAUAGAUGGUUAAUGGGAUGCUACGUUGAUGCUGAUAGCUUUAGAUCAAAACUAAGAGUCGGUAAUAGGUCUUUAGGAAAAUAA